CACGCCGAAACGAAGUGUGACUGGCAAUGGGGCGUGGAUGACAAUUGAUGGGAUGCUCUCCAAAGAACAGAAAACUAGCAGAAUGAAACUCUGAGACCGUCUGCUGGCAUACAGAGAGUUAACAUGCCUGCUUUGCUGAAAACCAAGAAAGAAGAAUCUCCCAGUUCCUGGCCACCUCUUGAAAUCUAUUCUGCCUCUGGGGUCCGCUUGGCUAGCAUUCCAUGGAAGAACUGCUCGGUUGUGCAUCUUGGCUGGACGACCAGCGAGGACCUCCUCUGCAUCCAGGAGGAUGGCUCAGUCCUCAUCUACAGCCUUUUCUGUGAGUUCAAGCGGCGCUUCAGCAUGGGAAAUCAUUAUUUCCCAUCCUUCUUCAAAUCAUAAAAUUACAGGAAAACAAUACUGAAUAUUUGGAUGAAUCACCUGGCUUCGCAGAAAUCAAAAGCCUGACUAAUUUUCUCUAAAUUUAUCUGCUCUUCAUUUUCCUCCUUCAUUCUGAUAAGAAAAAAAUGCAUUUCAAAAUAGAGGGUUGCAUCUAAUUAUAUGCACAGUUGUUUUAAGUCAAAAAUUGACCCUCCCCAUCUGUAAAAUGGGAGUGGCAGUGUGUGCUGCCUCACAGAGUUGUCGUGAGGGCAAACCCUUUACAGUUGACAACUCUUUUAUUUAUAAAUCAAUACAAAAUCUUCUGUUUCUGUCUUAAUAUCAGGACAUUUUAUUGAAUGUUAAUGUUUGCAUUUUUUUAUGUUGUUUUUACAUAUACCACUUAGAGAUUUUUUUUAUUAUUAUAUUAAGAGUUCUAAAAAUGAGUGGCAGAGCAAUCCCAAACCCCUUUGUGGUGGCCUGGGUAUGUGUGGAUUGGGCUGAGGUGGCCCUCCAGUCACCCUGCUGGCCUCUGGCAGCCGCAGCCUUGCUGAGUGACCCCAGCAUCACAUGCUGAUGAGGCUCCCCCUUCCGCUUGCUGAGAGGGCAGAAGUGAUGCCAGCAAGAUCCUUGCCGGCAGCAGCCAGCAGAAGGACCUGGAAUGAGGCUUUCCAAGGGUCAGGGGCAGCUGGCCUGUGAUCCUGAGCCAUCCCUCCUGCCGUUCCAUGAGAGCAUCGGGCCUAAUCGCUCUGCCAGCUUCAGGUCAUUAAGGUAAUCCAGUCUUUUAAAAAAAUUAUUGCAAUUUUCUUGCAAAAUUAUUUUUGUACAUAUGUAAUCCAGCCUUGAGGUUACCGUUGCAUGGACAACAGUGGUCAAGCUAUUCCGAGCUGGAAACUGCCGUAGCUGUUUUACUAGCCGAAGCUGGUAAAAGGCACUCCUAGCCACUGAGGUCCCCUGCCAUUCCUAGCCAUUCUUCUUCUGUCAUCAUGGUGGCUGUUACCUGAUGUCUCUCUCCUCCCCCUGCCCCCAGGAAGUGCUUCAGAACCACUUCUUCUUAGAGAGAAACGUUAAUUAUCUCCCUGGCCUAUCCAGCUGUCCUCUCCCUGCCAGAUUUUAUCAACCAUGAAGGUCCAAGGUCCAAGGCCAAAGUGGUUGCACAAACCCAACCAAGUACCUUGUUCAUGUAUGAAGGCCGCAGCAACUGCAACUCAAUGAACAAUAUUGGACAGGAAAGCACUCCAGUCACCCCAUUUACAUUUAUAUAACGUUUUAGUGUAAGAAAUCUCAAAGCAGUUUACAGAAGGAAUUAUAACAAUGAAAUUAUUGGCAGAAACAGGUAAAAACAGGUAUUUAAAAUUCAAAAUAAUAAAACCAACAAUGAGUUAAAAAUAGAUAAAAAAACACAAUAGCUUCUACAAGCCUGGGUAGACUUGCCUAAACAAAAAUGUUUUUAGCAGGUGCUGAAAAGAGUACAAUGACGGUGUCUGCCUAAUGUCAAUAGGCAGGGAGUUCCAAAGGGUAGCUGCUGCCACACUAAAGGACUGAUUUUUUACAAGAGUAGAACAAGUACUAUGUGGAACCCAUAACAUGGAAAGCACAUCUUGAACUUGGCCUGGUAGCAAAUCCAAAACUAGAACUUAAUUCUAGAACUUUGAACUUAGCCUGGCAGGAAAUGGGCAGCCAGUGCAAUUCUUUCAGCAGAGGGCUGACAUGUUGACGAUACCCUGCCCCAGGGAGCAGUCUCACCACUGCAUUUUGCACCAGCUGCGGCUUCCGGACCAACCUCACGGGUAGCCCCACAUUGAGCACAUUACAGUAAUGCAGCCUGGAGGUUACCAUUGCAUGGACAACAGUAAUCAAGCUAUCUUGGCCCAGAAACUGCUGCAGCUGUCUUACCAAACUGAGAUAAGUGGAAAUGGACAGUUUCAUCUAUCCCUAACAGUGAGGGAAGAGGAAGAUGUAUAAGGUUUUUAAAGAGAUUUUGGAUCAGCCCUACAAACUUUUCUGGAAAACUUUUUUUGAGAUCCUCCUGAACUGUCAGAGAACUUCUGUCCUCUCUGAAGCACAUUCUGUGAAAUCCCCUCCCCCAAUUUUGCCAUCCACAAAUAACAUGGGAAGUCACUUUCACAAAAUAGACAGACUACUAAGAACUUUUUUCUGGGGUAGGGGGUAUGGAUGUGCAGUUUGUGCAGUAAGCUGCAACUCUGGAAGACAUGGAUGGGGCCUCUUUGGAGUAAUCUUUCAAAAAGGUCUCUUCCUGCUCCACUGUCCUAGCCAAACUUCUCAAAGGGGACACUUCUCCUGGCUUACUGAUGGCCUCAAACCUCUCAUUAGGUUCUCUUUCGUAGCCCACUGACCUCUUUGGACAAACCUCUCAAAACAGUAUCUUUUUCUGACACAUUUGAGGAGGGGACUUCUCACACGGGAGGGAGGGGGAAUUCAGAUAAAUGUGGAGAUGCAAAAUAGCUCCCACAAAUUAUACUCCAAAUGAAGGCUUUCUGGAAUUUGUAUUGAUCCAGUUUUUGUUUUUGGAAGACUUUAAGAGGUGGGUGUGUUUCAACCUUAUAUCCCUAUAGAUCUGUAAUUCCAUCAUCACCACUUUAUUGUCUUUGGAAAUAUGAUAUUCUCUGUAAUAGGGACUGGGCUCCCACUGGGAGGAAGGGCAGGGUAUAAAUGAAUGAAUGAAUGAAUGGUAAACAUGAGAGAGGGGCAAUAGAUGUAGCUACAGACUAUCCAUCUGACCAGAUGAGGCAAUGCCCAGUCACCUGGGGCCUAAACAUCAGGUGCUCUCUGGGCUUGCUUGCUAGGUAGCACACUUCCAAGGGAGAAAUGUACAGUUACCACAAUAAAACACGGAACCUUCAAAGAGCAGAACUUUGUGUUCUCCUGUGCGGUUGCCAUAGAAACUUUGAAAAGCAACAGCUGGACCAGCCACAGGAGUAUCAGCUACAGGUAGAAGGGCUGGGCUUCGGAGUGUUCAUUUCAUGUCAUUGGCAAUUAUUACAUCACCAGUGAUGUUUCUUCUGUGAGGUGCUAUCCUUCCCUGGCCCAUUAGUCAGGACCAUUGGGCAUGGGGGAGGAAGGAGCAGGCAGGUUUGAAAGGAUUAUCUGCUCAGGAAAAAGAGAUUGUUGCAGAAAGAGUAUGGAUUUCUCUUUUCAGGGAAUGGAUGGAUUUUCUUCUCCUGAUCGAGUAGCCUUCUGACCAUCAACCAGGGGGAUGUCAUUUGCUUCCAUGCCUGCUGGCUCCCUUAAACCGCACACUGGGAUGGGGAUCUCUUCUUUUAUUUCCUGGCCCACUGCCUUCCUUUACCUUAGCUCUGUUGUAUGUGUGUGUGUGGUGUGUUUUUUUUAUGCCCUGGCCCGGUGCCUCCUUCACUGCAACUCUGGGGGUGGUGUUAUAUUUGGUAUCUCCUCUUCCUUCGAGGCCUGCUGGCCAUGUUCAGCCCAACCCUAAGAGUCAUCCCUUCUCUUACUUCUUGGCCAAUGGGCCUCCUUUACCCUUACCCUCGGAGAGGUCUCUUCUCUUAAUUCUUGGGCUCCUUCUAUCUGAUCUCCUGGCGGUUCUCUUCUCAUACUUCCUUGCCCACUGGCCUCCUUUACCGCCACCCUCGGGGAAGGCUCUUCUCUUGCUUCCUGGCCACUGGCCUCCUUUACCCCCACCCUUGGGGACGGCUCUUCUCUUACCUUCUGACCCACUGGUCUUCUUUACCCUAACCUUGGGGAGGUCUCUUCUCUUACUUCCUGGCCUGCUGGCCUCCUUUACCCCAAUCCUCCUUAGAGGUCUAUUCUUUUGAUGCAUGCUGGCUGCUCUCCUCUUCCCUUGGUCUCUUAAUUUCAACUCCACUGGCCUCCUUUCCUGACUCCCUGAGGUCUGUUCUCUUAGGGGAUGGCAUGACUCUUACGGUUGGGCCAGCAGGCCUCUAAGGAAGAGGAGACACCACCCCCAGAGUUGCAGUGAACGAGGCACCGGGCCAGCGCAUCAAACC